CUAAUCGCCCGUCGCCGUUCAACUCCACCCUUCCCUUGGCUCUCGCUUCUCCUCCCGCUUCGAGUCUCAACACAAGCCAACCUUCCUCUCUCUUCUCCGCCAAAACAUUGAGUGUUCGCUUGGUCCAGCAAACACUCGACAGCCCUCACAAUGGCCGCCCCCUACCUCAGGACAAGACCUGCCCUCUCAGCGGCCCUCCGCCCUCUUGCGCCCAAGCCAAGAUUCCAGUCCUUUCCUCGUCGCCCAAACUCGACAACAACGCCGAUGACGACGACGACCACCACCACCACCACGGCUACCCCCACCGAGCCCACCAAAGCUGCCGUCGUCGAUCCCUCGAGCCUUUCCCGCCGUCUAAAGCUCUCCGCCUAUGCCACCGCUCUUGCUGCCGUCCUCGGUGUCGGCUACUACUACGCGACAGACACGCGCGCCUCCGUCCACCAGUACCUCGUUCCUCCCCUCCUUCGCACUAUCUUCCCCGAUGCCGAAGAAGCCCACCAUGUUGGAACCGCCGCCCUAAAGGGCCUCUAUGAGACUGGCCUCUACAUUCGCGAGAGGGUUCCCGAGAGUCCGAACGGCCCCUUGUCGGUCAAUGUUUUCGGCAAGCAGCUCCUCAACCCUAUCGGCAUCUCUGCUGGUCUCGACAAGGACGCCGAGAUCCCUGAUCCCCUGUUCGCCCUCGGUGCCGGUGUCGUCGAGGUGGGUGGCUGCACUCCCUUCCCUCAGGAGGGCAACCCCAAGCCCAGAGUUUUCCGCAUUCCCUCGGUCGACGGUCUGAUCAACCGCUAUGGUCUCAACUCCCGCGGCGCUGACGCCAUGGCUACCCGCCUGCGCGAACGCCUUCGCAAGUUCGCCCGCUCUGUCGGCCUCACUGACAACGAGGUGCUGAACGAGGAGGGCACUGAUGGCAUCCCUCCCGGCAGUCUCCACCCCGGCCGUCUCUUGUGUGUUCAGAUCGCCAAGAACAAGAAGACGGACGAGAAGGAUGUCAAUGCGGUUAUUCGCGACUACGUCUACUGUGUCGACAAGCUCGCCCCCUAUGCCGACGUCCUUGUCGUCAACGUCAGUAGCCCCAACACCCCCGGCCUACGCGACCUGCAGGCUACCGAACCUUUGACCAAGCUUCUUUCUGCGGUUGUGGAUGCGGCCCAGCAAACCAAGAGGAAGACCAAGCCGAGAGUCAUGGUCAAGGUUUCACCCGAUGAGGAUGAUGACACACAGAUGGAAGGCGUUGUGGAGGCUGUGUGGAACAGCGGUGUCGACGGUGUUAUUGUCGGCAACACCACCAAGCGCCGGACCGGCAUCGUUCCCAAGGGCGUCAAGCUGAUCGACGACGAGCCCAAGAUUCUCCACGAGGAGGGAGGCUUCUCUGGCCCUGCUCUCUUCGAUCGUACUGUUAAUUUGAUUGGGAGGUACCGCAAGAUGCUGGACGGCUAUGCUCUCAAGUCCGAGUCCGACAAGAGCCCUGCGCAAAAGGUUCUGUUUGCCUCUGGUGGAAUCACCAACGGUGAACAGGCCUUGAGGGUUCUCAAUGCUGGUGCUAGUGUGGCCAUGGUGUACACCGCCAUGGUCUACGGCGGUUCUGGCACCAUCACCAGAAUUAAGUCCGAGAUGAAGGAGAAGCUCGCCGAUAAGUCGGCAUAAGGCUUCUCAGGUGGGUUUACUCAGGAUCCUAUGCUGUAAAUAAACGUGCGUCUUUCACCAAAAAUACCCUUCUUCGAUCUGCCUUGAUAUAUUCACCUCAUGAAGCACACUAUUUGGGAAUGGUCCCUG